AGUUACUAAUGUAAUAAGAAAAAGUUUUCGUCAUUGCAAGAGUUGUUGAGGGUAUUAAGGGAAAACACUAUUCACAAUUCCGACCCACUGAAGUCCCGGCGGGUGGACUACUUGUUUUCUCAUCCUAACGGCGGCCUAAGCAGUAAGCACAGUCACAUUGAGCUUCAGCAACGAUUCCUGAAACGAGUCAAUUCAUCAAUCUGACUCGGCGAGGCAUGGCGCCUCGUUCGAUCAUAAUCAUCGUGCUGAGUUUCCUUCUCUUAACUCAGUCCGAGUCAGCACCGCAAGCCUUCAAGCGAGGACCAGGUCACCCUCAGUGGCACCACGGCGCCUUCCACGACGUCAGAGAUACAGUCCGAUCCGACAUUCGCCGCAUGCUCCAUUCUCGAGCUGAGGUUCCGUUUCAGGUUCCUUUGGAAGUGAAUGUGGUUUUGAUUGGUUUUAAUGGCGAUGGAGGCUAUAGAUACACAGUUGAAGCGCAUAAAUUGGAAGAGCUUCUCGAAAAAAGCUUUCCAACUCAUAGACCUUCUUGUUUGGAGACUGAGGAGCUUCUUGAUAUUGAACACCAUUUGGUUUAUAAUGCGUUUUCUGCUGGACAGCCUGAACUAAUAGCACUUGAGAAAGCAUUGAAAGAGGCAAUGAUUCCUGCAGGGAAAGCAAGGGAGUCUGACUUUGGAAGGGAGGUGCCUUUAUUUGAAGUUGAAGCAACAGCUGUGGAACCAAUAUUUCAAAAGCUGUACUCCUAUAUAUUUGACAUGGAUAGUGUGGGAUCUUCUGUCACAGAAACGGAUAAACCAGUGCCAAGUGCAAUAUUUAUUGUAAACUUUGACAAGGUGAGACUAGAUCCUAGAAAUAAGGAAAUAGAUCUUGAUGGUUUAAUGUAUGGAAAAAUUUCUGAGCUAACCGAGGAAGAUAUGAAAAAACAAGAAGGAGAUUACAUUUAUCGUUAUCGCUAUGAUGGUGGAGGAGCAACUCAAGUUUGGCUCAGCUCAGGCAGAUUUGUGGUGAUUGACCUUUCAGCAGGGCCCUGUACUUAUGGUAAGAUUGAAGCUGAAGAGGGAAGUGUCAGUUCUAGAACCCUGCCAAGAUUACGGAAUGCUGUUCGUCUAAGUACCACUGCUUCUUAUCGAUCUAGCAACGAUAUUUUUCUUGGACAGCUUGCUUCUUUGGUAUCAACCACGGUGGAACAUGUUAUAGCACCUGAUGUUAGAUUUGAAACUGUUGAUCUUACUUCGAGAUUACUUGUACCAAUAAUUGUCUUGCAAAAUCACAAUCGAUACAAUAUUGUGCAAAAGGGCCACAAUUACAGUAUAAACAUCGACGAAAUCAAGGCAGAGGUGAAAAAAUUGCUUCAUGAUGAACAAGUAGUAAUUAUUGGGGGCACUCAUUCACUACAUCACCAUGAGAAGCUGUCAAUCGCAGUUUCAAAAGCCAUGCGUGGACAUUCAUUGCAGGAAACAAAGAAUGAUGGUCGUUUCCAUGUUCAUACCAAGACUUAUCUGGAUGGGGCUAUUUUAAAAGAAGAGAUGGAACGUUCUGCUGACGUGCUUGCUGCUGGAUUGCUUGAAAUGGCUGACCCAUCUCUUUCAAGUAAAUAUUUCUUCCGCCAGAAUUGGAUGGAUGAAUCUGAGGGGUCAACUGAUUCAAUACUUAAGCAUAAGCCUAUCUGGUCAUCAUAUAACAUGAAACAUAGCAAGAAAAAGAGGAAGAAUGUAAAGAAGCAAGGAGAUAUUCAAACAACUUUUGGAACAAGAGUAGUUCCUGUUUUCGUGCUAUCAUUGGCUGAUGUGGAUCCAAAUCUCAUGAUGGAGGACGAAAGUAUGGUGUGGACAAGCAAUGACGUUGUAAUUGUGCUUGAGCAUCAGAAUGAAAAGAUUCCUUUGAGUUAUGUUUCAGAAACACAUAAAAGGCAUGCCGUCCCAUCUCAAGCACAACGUCAUAUAUUGGCUGGCCUUGCUUCAGUGGUAGGUGGUUUAAGUGCACCAUAUGAGAAGGCUUCGCAUGCACAUGAAAGACACGUUGUGAAUUGGCUUUGGGCAGCCGGUUGUCACCCAUUUGGACCAUUUUCAAAUACGUCUCGUGUCAGUCAAAUGCUCCGUGACGUUGCACUGAGGAACUCGAUAUAUGCUCGUGUGGAUUCUGUACUUCGGAAAAUUCGUGAAACAUCAGAGACCGUCCAAGCUUUUGCAGCAGAGUAUCUGAAAACUCCCCUUGGCGAGCCGGUGAAAGGAAAGAAAGAGAAAUCACCCACUGAAUUGUGGUUGGAGAAGUUCUACAAGAAAACUACUAAUUUGCCUGAACCAUUUCCACAUGAAUUAGUUGAUCGUUUGGAAAAGUACCUCGACGGCCUUGAGGAGCAUCUUGUUGGUAUGUCUUCAUUAUUAUAUGAUCAUCGUUUAAAGGAUGCCUUUUUGAACAGUUCAGAUAUUCUGCAGAGCAGCAUGUUCACCCAACAAUACGUUGACCAUGUUUUGACCAGCGAGAGGGAAAAUAUGAAAUGCUGCAAAAUAGAGUACAAGUACCCCGUGCACUCUUCUCAAACGUACAUCUAUGGGGGAAUACUUAUUGCUGGAUUCGUUGUGUACUUUGUUGUAAUUUUCUUCUCAUCUCCAGUGCGCUGACUCAAAACUUUGAAGCCAGCAAACUAGAACGAACUUAGAAGCUUCAUCACGCGAGAUAGAGCAUAUUGCUGUCAUACCAAAAUGAAAAUAUAUUACAACAAUUUUCAAUGCAUGACAGUUGAAAAGAACAAAAUUACUGGAGUAACAUUGACUAGGUUAUGUCUUUUGUAGGUACUGCCAGGGCUUUGUGUAUUUAUACUUGCUUUGACUUUUACAUAGUGGUAAUAGCUAAAGAGGAUUCAGACCUUAAAA